UUUCAUUUCUCUCUCCAAAACCAAAAUGUGUGUAUGAGGAAUGAGGAUUGAGAAGGAGGAGGAGGAAGCAGAGGAAAGAAAAGCGUCCAUAGCACAAAAGGUUCACGUCUCUCCAAUUCAACCGCCAUCUCUAUCAAUCAAUUCGAUUUCGCACGCUUCAAAGAUCGUCAUCGAUCGAAACACUCUCUGCCAUUUUCACUCACAAUCUCGAUCUCCAUACCAAUUUUCCUCAUUGACUUUUCAUAGACAGUAUAGUCCCAAUAUAGAGCAAGCAGUAUGGAGGAGGAUAUUCUAUUCGAUACGAGUUGGGAUAAUGUAAAAUGCCCUAUAUGCUUGGAAUUUCCCCAUAAUAGUGUGCUCCUUCAGUGUUCGUCUUAUGAUAAGGGGUGUCGUCCGUUCGUGUGUGACACUAAUCAAUUGCACUCGAACUGCUUUGAUCGUUUUAAAACAACGUGUGGCGAGCUAUCAUCUUCCCAAAUGUCCAGUGAGCCGGUGGUAUCUGAUUGUCGUCAAUGCAAGCUGACUUGUCCGUUGUGUAGAGGUGAUGUUAGUGGGUGGACUGUUGUUGAUAAAGCUCGUAUGCAUCUUGAUGAGAAGAAUCGUCGUUGUGAUGAGGAGCGAUGUGCGUUCGUAGGAAGUUACUCAGAGCUGCAAGAACAUGCGGAAGUGAACCACCCGCAUGCUCAUCCGUCGAAAAUUGAUCCUGCCCGACAGCUUGAUUGGGAAAAUUUCCAGCAGUCCUCUGAGAUCAUUGAUGUUUUGAGCACUAUUCAUUCAGAGAUCCCACGAGGGGUGGUUUUAGGAGACUAUGUGAUUGAAUAUGGGGAUGAUGAUGAUGUUGUAGAUGAGUUUGAGGACUUCCCUGGAGAUGAUGGUAACUGGUGGACCUCAUGUAUUUUGUACCAUGCCUUCAGAAGUUCUAGAAAUCGAAGAAGGACAAGAGCUCAUGAUACAAGUAGGGGAAAUCGCCGUUUAAGUCAUGAUGCAUCAAUUUCUGAUGAAGGUUCUGUAGCAUCUGUAGAUUAUCCUGAGUAUACUGAUGAUGAGUUUGUUAGUACGAUUCAACCCUCAAGAGGUAGCAGUGGUUUCCGCAGAUCACGAAGACGCCAAUCUCGCUUCAAUGGGAACUAGGUAUGUUGUGCCUAUAAUAACUUUCUGGUAUGGACUAUGGUGCUGAGUGCUGAGUGCUGAGUGCUGAGUGCUGACUUCCUGAGCACUUUAAACCUUGCAGACAGUGUUUGGAAUUAACUUCACAUGGAAAGCAGUGUGAUUGAUGUUGAUGCAGUUUUUGUGACAAUGGACAAAGGUUGUAUUCAGAUCAUCUAUUGCAUUUCCCGUGGGAUAAGCUGAUGGACUAACUUUCUAAGUUCUAGUGAUGCUUAACUUCAAAUCUCAUGUUUACUGAAGAGUAAACUCUGAAUGAAGUCAUCCAGAUAUUAGAAUGUCUUUGUAUUAUCCUCUAAAUUUUUUGUUUCUAAUUUAUUUCCUCUAAGAUUAAAAUGACACUGUUAGUUAUUUAGUGAAUUUUUCACCAAUAAUGUCCAUGUGGAGGGAGGACUAAAAUGGUGACAUAAAAGGAUAAAUUUGCGUAUCUUUGACA